UUGACUUUACCGGACCGGACCAGACAGAACCGAACCUAGUUUUCUGUAAAUAGGAGUAAACAGGUUUCACACAUCCCAUCAUCUCUAACCACCGACCUCAUAAGAGAAAAACAGAGACAACAACAACACUCCUCUCACUCUCAUAAUCUCAUUUUCAUUCUAUAAAAAUAAAAUAAAAAGCUCGAAUCUUCUUCAACUCAGAGAGAACAGAGAAGUCGAUGGCGUUAGCGAAUAACUUAACGGCGAUACUGAACUUACUAGCGUUACUCUGUUCCAUACCCAUAACGGCGUCAGGGAUAUGGCUAGCUUCGAAACCAGACAACGAGUGUGUCAAUCUCCUCCGUUGGCCCGUCGUCGUCCUCGGCGUUCUCAUCCUCAUCGUCUCCGCCACAGGUUUCAUCGGCGCCUACAAAUACAAGGAGACUUUACUAGCGGUUUACUUGUGUUGUAUGGCGAUACUGAUCGGGCUUUUGCUUGUGGUUCUGAUAUUUGCUUUCGUGGUGACCCGACCCGAUGGAUCGUAUCGUGUUCCGGGUAGAGGUUACAAAGAGUAUAGACUUGAAGGGUUCUCGGAUUGGCUUAAGGAGAACGUUGUGGAUUCCAAGAAUUGGGUGAGGCUAAGGGCUUGUUUGGCUGAUACUAAUGUUUGUCCUAAACUCAACCAAGAGUUCAUCACCGCCGAUCAGUUCUUCUCUUCCUCUAAGAUCACUCCUCUCCAGUCCGGUUGCUGCAAACCACCGAGCGCAUGUGGAUACAACUUUGUGAACCCAACACUGUGGCUAAACCCGUCGAACAUGGCUGCAGACGCAGACUGUUACUUAUGGAGCAAUGACCAAAGCCAGCUUUGCUACAAUUGCAACUCAUGCAAAGCUGGUCUAUUGGGAAACCUCAGAAAAGAGUGGCGUAAAGCAAACCUCAUACUUAUCAUCACUGUCGUUGUUCUCAUAUGGGUUUAUGUUAUUGCUUGUAGUGCGUUUAGGAAUGCUCAGACUGAGGAUCUCUUCCGCAAAUACAAACAAGGUGGUGUUUAGAAGAUUGGGCUAUUGGUUUACUACUACCGGAUGUAAUAAGACCAACAUUAUCAAUGGGAUCUUAGAGGCUAAGAUCCCACCAAUAAUGUUGCCCUAAGCUUCCUAAAUUGCAAGGUCGAUGAAUGAUUCAUGUAAGGUUGAGUUUAUGCUUAGAACAUUUUUGUUCUUUUUUUUGACAUGGACCAAAAGAAAGUGUGAUAUUUAAAGUAAAUUGUAACAAAAUGUCCAACAGUGAUUGUUGUUGUUAAUUUGGGUAAUA